UAAAUUUUUCUUUCAGCUACCAAAUAUUUUUAUUGUAACUGUGAAGACCAAAAUUAGAUGGCCCCAGCCCAAGUGUCAAUGUAUUAUUUUAAUAAUUAUAUUUUUAAUUUUAUAUUUUCUUUGGUUAAACCUGAGGUUUGUUUGGAUAUUUUGGGAAUACAGUAAAAAGGAAAAGAGGGAACAAAAAAAUAAAGCAAUAGGGUUCUUUCUCUCUCUCUGCCUCUUUGUAUCCAUCGCUGAAUACAAGAGAGAGAGAGAGAGUCUCUGCAAAAGAGGGAAAAAAAAAAAAAAGCUCUUCUUUGACUCUCCGUUAUGUGUUCCACAUUCACACUUUUUUCACAUCCAUUGGCAGUUAUAAGCAUUUAAUUAAAUUGAAAGCUUAUCUCAUUUGGGUAUAUCUCUGAUUUUCCUCAGCUUUCAGAUUAUCAGAAUUCCCAGGUAAAAUUUGGAAAAAGAUUGGAAGUUUGAGAGAUAGCAGUUGAUUUCAUGGGCAACUGUUGUACAAUCCCUUCUUCUAGCUCUUCUUCUGAGAAGAAAAAAGCUAAAGGGAAUAACAAGAACAAGCAAAAUCCAUUCUUUGGUAAUGAUUAUGUUGUGAACAGUGGAUCUGGAUAUAUAGAUCAUAAGCUUGUAGUCUUGAAAGAACCUACUGGUCGUGACAUUUCAGCUCAUUAUGAUCUGGGUCGUGAGCUUGGCCGUGGUGAAUUUGGGAUUACAUAUUUGUGCACUGAUGUAAAUACUGAUGAAAAGCUUGCUUGUAAAUCUAUUUCGAAGAAGAAGCUAAGGACUGCAGUGGAUAUUGAGGAUGUCAGGAGGGAGGUUGAGAUAAUGAAGCAUUUGCCCCAUCAUCCAAAUAUUGUGUCUUUGAGAGCUACUUAUGAGGAUGAUAAUGCUGUUCACAUCGUGAUGGAACUAUGUGAAGGUGGGGAAUUAUUUGAUAGGAUUGUUGCACGGGGACAUUACACUGAAAGGGCAGCUGCUGCUGUUAUGCGGACAAUUGUGGAAGUUGUUCAGAUGUGCCAUAAGCAUGGAGUAAUGCAUCGCGAUCUCAAACCAGAGAACUUUCUGUUUGGAAACAAGAAGGAAACGGCCCCCCUGAAAGCAAUUGAUUUUGGAUUAUCAGUUUUCUUUAAACCUGGUGAGAGAUUUAAUGAGAUAGUGGGAAGUCCUUAUUACAUGGCUCCAGAGGUUCUAAAACGGAAUUAUGGCCCAGAAGUUGAUGUCUGGAGUGCUGGAGUUAUCCUCUACAUUCUACUUUGCGGUGUCCCACCUUUCUGGGCAGAAACUGAGCAAGGGGUAGCCCAAGCUAUUAUUCGCUCUGUGAUUGAUUUCAAGAGGGACCCAUGGCCUAAAGUUUCGGAUAAUGCAAAGGACCUAGUGAAGAAAAUGCUUAAUCCUGAUCCUAAGCUACGACUUACAGCUCAGCAAGUGCUUGGACAUCCUUGGUUACAAAAUGCAAAGAAGGCUCCAAAUGUCUCACUGGGUGAGACUGUGAAAGCAAGGCUCAAACAGUUUUCUGUGAUGAACAAGCUGAAAAAAAGAGCUCUUAGGGUUGUGGCUGAGCAUUUAUCAGUGGAGGAAGUGGCUGGCAUAAAGGAGGCCUUUGACAUGAUGGACACUACCAGAAGAGGCAAGAUUAACCUUGAGGAGCUUAGGAUCGGGUUGCAAAAGAUUGGCCAACAAAUUCCUGAUGCAGAUCUUCAAAUUCUUAUGGAAGCUGCUGAUGUUGAUGGUGAUGGAAGUCUGAACUAUGGGGAGUUUGUCGCAGUCUCAGUUCACCUUAAAAAGAUGGGCAAUGAUGAGCACAUACAUAAAGCUUUUGCAUUUUUUGAUCAAAAUCAGAGUGGUUACAUAGAGAUUGAAGAGUUAAGAGAAGCCUUAAAUGAUGAAGUCGACACUUGUAGCGAGGAUGUUAUCAACGCCAUCAUGCACGAUGUUGAUACAGACAAGGACGGGCGCAUAAGUUAUGAGGAGUUUGCUACAAUGAUGAAGGCUGGUACAGACUGGAGAAAAGCAUCCCGGCAAUACUCACGAGAAAGAUUCAAUAGUCUGAGCUUAAAAUUGAUGAGGGAUGGAUCAUUGCAGGUAGCCAGUUGAAGAAAAAGAAAAACUAAUGUCAGGAAGGAAAAGAAGACCCUCAAUUGUUGUCGGAUUUCAUGAAAUUACUAUGACCUUGUCCCUUCGAACUUCGCGAGACAUUUUGGAUAGAUAGGAUCAAAUUGAUGGUCUUAGUGUCUUUAUUGUGUUUAGAAUCUGUUCACCCUGAGGUAGUUGCAGGAGAAGAGGCAAACUAAAUGUUACAAGGAAAGUUGCUUGGACCACAAUAUGUGGUUGUAAAUAUAUCACAAGUUAGGUUAAACAUUUGUUGAAUUACAUAUCUUUCGCUCCCAUGUGCUGUUGAUGACAGAAGUGACCCCCUUGCAACUGUUUAUGUGAAUUUGAUUGCCCCUUUUUUCUGCUGGAGGCAUUGUCUUU